AUGCAUUUCAACCUUGCUAUUCUCGCAAACGUUCUCGCGGCCACGUCCGCCCUUGCGAUUAGAGUCCGUCUCUACGACGGCCCCAAUGGUAGCGGAGCCAACAAGGAAUAUAACUUCCCGGCGGGAUCAUGUGUUGAUCUUGGUAAUCUCCAGCCUCCUCCCGGCAAGCCCGCCAAUUAUUGGAAUGACAGAGUUUCGUCUUUCUGGAAGGAAAGCGGCCAUGCUUGCACGUUCUAUCUGUAG